UAUUAAAUAGUCUAGGUCACUGGACAAUUCAUGAACAAUUGAAAAGGUACUAGCGGUAUUUGGCGGAGUGUAGACCUGUUCCUAGUUCCAGAAAAAAAAUGAAGAAAAAGACGGAAAAUGGAUUAGAAUCUUCAAAAGACGAAGUUCAUGUUCUGGCAGAAGCGAGUCAGCUGAAAUGGUCAUCGAGAAAAGAGUUCAUAAUUUCUCUCCUCGGCUACUCGCUUGGCCUAACGGAUAUAUGGCGGGUACCGUAUCUAACCUACCGAAACGGAGGAGGUGCGUUCUUGAUUCCGUACAUUUUCUUCAUGCUUGUCUGUGGGAUUCCUUUGUACUUUCUGGAGAUCAUGACGUCACAAUUUUCCGGGAAAGGGACUUGGCGUGUGUGGGACUUUUGUCCAUUAUUCAGAGGAUUUGGCAUUGCGUUCCUCAUCAUAAACUGGAUCGUCGCUGCGUACACCAUGCUUCAUAAACCCUGGAUCAUCGAGUACAUCAUAGCCUCGUUUUCGUCCGAACUCCCUUGGACGUCAUGUAACAAUGCCUGGAACACUCCGGCCUGUGUCCACUCCGGUCAAUCACUCGCCACCAACAUCACCUUCAAUUCAACCUUCAAUCUCACAACUGACAUGCCUCUGUAUUCCUCGUCACCAGAAUCUAUUGUCAUUGGAGACAAUGUCACCACGCUGAUCCCGAUGUCGUCCGUGGAGGAAUUCUGGAACUACAAGGUACUUGAUAUUUCCACCGGACUGGAUGAUAUUGGCAGGCUGAACUGGAAAUAUCUUCUCUAUCUACUGGGGUGUCACGUGAUCAUUUGGUUGUCUCUCGUCAGGAGUAUACAGUCCAUUGGCAAGAUGAUGUACGUCACAGCUAUUGCGCCAAUAGUACUCACAUUCGUCAUUUGGAUCAGGGCUCUCACGCUUCCGGGGUCAACCACUGGGAUGGCUUAUUUUAUUACACCAGACUUCGAGCGCCUGUCUCACUCCGAGGUAUGGAUAGAAGCGGCCUUCAUGGCCUUUUAUACUCUGGGGCCAGCUUGGGGAGGACUUGCUAUGUACGGAAGUCACAACAAGUUUACCGACAACUGCUUCCGUGAUGCUAUAAUUAGCACGGUGAUGACGGUCUGCUACGGCCUCCUUAACGGACUUGUUAUCUUCUCUGUGAUUGGUGUAUUGUCACAUGAGAGCAACGUACCAAUCAACAAGGUCAUAACAUCAGGUGGAUUUUCUUUGGGAUUCGUAGCCUAUCCACAGGCCAUCACUUACUUCCCACUACCACAGGUGUGGGCCGUGCUGUUUUUCAUUGUUCUUCUGUUACCCGGUCUGGAUUGCCAG